AUGGCCAAAGAAGUAAGCAGUUUUGAAGAUUUAGACAAAAAACUAGUCGAUAUUCUGGAAGAUAUCGUAAAACUUCAUGAUGAAACUAGCGAUUUUUUGGAACCUCUUCGGCUAGAGCCCAACCAAAAUUUGAAAACCAUAGGCAUUCCUCUAGCUAAAUUAUUGUGCUUCCUAAAAGGCAAUGUAUCGGUUUUCGUCAAAAACUUACACAAACAUGUUCAUUCUUGUGAAGUAGACAGUUCCAUUAGUGCUGAAAGCAAUGGUUUACUCGGUAACAUGCAGUCCAUUUUGUCCAAGUGCAUAGGAAAUGUUUUAAUUUCGAAAGAAGGCGAAGAAGGAAAAUACACUUAUGCUAAGCAAGUCGAUGCAAGUACCAUGACAAGCCAUAUGGAAACAGAUAAGAGCAUUAAUUGCCUACAUUUGAAAAAAAUGAACAUAUCCGAUUCUGCUGAAACUACUGAUUCACAAUGGAAAGAUACUUUACAAAGAUCAGCAAAUAAUGGAAUUACUUACAAUGCUCCGAGUACUGAGAUAAUAGAACAAAUGGCUAGUAUUUUCAAUGAAGACACAAAAAAAGACCAAAAUUCUAAAGAAGGCAAAUCGGAUUCUUUAAGUGUAUAUUCCCUUAUGACAGAAAAAAAUGAAUCUGAUGUUGAAGAAUUGACUAAUAUAUCGUGCAAAAAGAAUAAUAUAGGUAACGAUAGUCAGGAAUUAGAUUUUGCUUCGACUGACUCUGAUGAAACAGACAUUGAUAAAAGUAUCUCGAAAAAUUGUCAGUCACCUCAGCAAUCUAAAGAAGUGAAAGUAUGCCUAAAUCGCCUAGAGUCGCAAAGUAGUAGCACCUCGUUUGAAUUCGAUAUCAGAUGUGCUACAGAAAGCCAAACUCCUCUGAAACCUAGUCAAAUUAUCUGCCAAGCUGAACUUAAUGAUUUAAAUAAAUUAUUGGACACGUGCCUUAAUAAACCAUCAGAUUUAUUAGACUGUACAAUGGAAGAGUAUCUUAACACCCAAGAAAAUUCAGUUAACGAAGGAGCUCCCCAAGCUACACAAGAAUAUCUUCCUACAAUAAAAGUAGAGAAAGAAGAAUCCCAAGAUGAAAAUGAUACAGAUCUUGAAGAGAAUAAAUCUAAUGAAACAAACCUUAGCGAAACGUCAGCACUUAUUAAUACUGUAAAAAAACUAGAAUCGGAUAGUGAAACUGAUGAAGCCACAAAAGCUGAAAAAAUUUUGAAGUUUUACGAGGAACAUUCGGAGCUCAGUAGCAGCCUUAGUGAUUCGGAAAGUGAUACAAUUUCAUGUGAUAGUUCGAUGCCUUCCGAAACAGAAAAUGAUGUACUUUUAAAAAAUAAUAAGAUGGAGACGGAUUGUUUUGUAGAAUUAGAAAGGAUUAAUGUACCCCCAAAAAUUCUUAAUAAAUAUAACAAAUCUUUGAGUGAUAAUAUAGAUUGGCUGUGCAAUAUCGAUAACAUAGAAGCAAAAAAACCUACAUCUCCGUCUAAAAGAGUCCGAGCGAAGCAACGCAGGCGCGUUUCGUUUAUGAAAGUUAGCUCUUCCAGCGAUGCGACUUCGAGCGAUGAUGAAACCUCAGAUAGGACAGUCAGCCCGCUUUUGAAUGAUUCCGUGAGGAAAAAACUAGACGACGUCAUCGCUUCCACUCUUUGUCAGAAUUUGAAGGAAUCGAGCAGUUACGAUUCGGAUAGUUCGGUAGAGGAUAAAAAAAACAAAACCGAUAAAAAGAGGCUGGUUAAGGAUAAGCCGAGAGAAUUAACUGAGGAGGAGAAGCGGAAGAAAGCGUGGAAAAACGAUCCGCUGUUGAGAGGAAACUUUUCGGAUUCCGAUAGUGAUGCAUCUUGCAAUAAGAAAACUACCAAGAAAACGAAAAGCACUAGCGAUGAUGAUUCUUCAUUCAGUGUAAAAUCGGAUGAUUUGAAAUGCAAUUCAGAUUCCGAUUCGAACGAUUUCCAGGAAAAGCCUAAAUUCAAACAAAAACAAAGCCCGAUAAGUCCCGUUAAACAAAAUACUCGGAUGGAUAGUGAUUCUAGCGAUUCGGAUAGUGAUGUGCAAUUCGUAUCUCCGAAGAGGAAUAACUCGAACGAAGCAAGUAAAAAUAGCGAUGCGAGCCCUCAGAAAGGUAGAAGAGAAAUCAGAUCGAUACUCUCCGAUGGAGAUCUAGCGAAGGAAACUAAAGAGGCUAAAAAGGCCGAGAUGGAUAGAAUCGAAAGACUGAAAAUACGUAACAAAAAUUUAGACAUGUUAUCUCAAUCCUUUUGCAGCCAAUCAUCGGAAUUGGAGAUACUUCCUUUGGUACUAGACAUUGACGAAAAAACGGACAAAACGGUGCAAGUUAACGAGGUCCUUACGAAAAAAUUGAAACCUCAUCAACGCGAAGGGAUAAAAUUUAUGUGGGACGUGUGUUACGAGAGUUUGGAGACUUUGAAGGAGAACUCGGGCUCGGGAUGUAUUUUAGCUCAUUGUAUGGGUUUAGGCAAGACGUUUCAGGUUCUAUCUUUAUGCCACACUUUAUUCGCUUGCGAAGAAACGAGUACGAAACACAUUUUGAUAGUGUGCCCUUUAUCCACCGUAAAUAAUUGGAGGAAAGAAACAAAAUUCGCAUUCGAAGGUGUUCAACUAAAUUUCAGGUUUUUUACAAUAAGCGGCAACAAAUGCAAGAAAAUGGAAGACCGAUGCAAUAUUGUUAAAAAAUGGUAUUUGGAUAGAAGGAGUAUAUUAGUUAUGGGAUACGAGUGCUUCGAGAACCUCACAAACGAUACGAAAUUAGAUAAAUUCAGUGACAAAUGGAAAGGGCUAAUGCUGGAAUAUCUGUGCGACCCAGGUCCCGAUUUAGUAGUCUGCGACGAAGGGCAUUUAAUAAAAAAUAAAAAAGCUCUCCGAACAGUGGCGUUACACAAAAUCAGAACAAGAAGACGCAUCGUAUUGACUGGUACGCCGCUGCAAAACAAUUUAGAAGAAUAUUUUGAAAUGGUCAGUUUCGUCAAACCGAAUCUGUUAGGUAACAGGAAGGAAUUCAAGAGAAAUUUCGUGAAUCCGAUAAAGAACGGCCAGUACGAAGACUCCAACGAGCACGACAUUCGAAUUAUGAAAAAAAUGACGCACGUUUUGCAUAAAUUACUCGUCUCCACAGUGCAGAGAGUCGAGGACACUGAAUUGGAGAUCUACUUACCUCGUAUGGUCGAUUACGCCGUGUACGUGCAACUAAAACAACCUCAAGUGGACCUGUACAAUUCCUAUUUAGACGGCACCGGGUAUAUGAAGAAGGAGUUCCUCAAAGAUUUCAUAACACUACAGCUCAUUUGCACGCAUCCCCAGUUACUAGAGUUCAAUAGCAUCAGAAGGAAGAAGAAGAUCAGAGAGAAAGAUGUGAUAACGAAGGAGGACGAUCAAUUUGUGGGUAACAAUGACAAAUGGUGGAAAGGAAAAUUGCCUGAAAGUGCUUCACAAAAAAUCGAAUACGGCAGUAAGUUGCUCGUGCUCAAGGCCAUCAUUGAAGAGUGCGAAGCUGUAGGAGAUAAGUUAUUGGUGUUUUCUCAAAACCUCAGCGAAUUAGACCUCAUUGAGCAUUUCUUAAAAAAGUUAGGUACUGAAAAGAGCAAGACUUGGACGAAAGAUAUCGAUUAUUUUAGAAUGGAUGGAACCGUUACGCCCGAACAAAGAUCCUACAUUUGCGAUUCAUUCAAUGAUAAGCACAGAAAAUCAGUCAAAUUAUUAUUAAUGUCGACAAAAGUAGGUGGCCUAGGACUAAACUUAACAGCAGCCAACCGAAUAGUCAUCAUGACAGUGGCGUGGAAUCCUUCUUACGAUACUCAAAGCGUGUUUAGGGCUUACAGAUUCGGUCAAAAGAAGAAGGUGUACGUAUACAGAUUGAUAGCUCUGGAUACAAUGGAAUCGAAAGUUUACCAACUCCAGGUGACGAAGUUGGCUAUAGCGCACAGAGUGAUCGACAAACACCACAUAACGAGGCACUACAAAAGCCACGAUCUGGAAUUGUUUUACAGUAAGCUUGAUAUAGAUAGCGAAAGGCCUACUCCGAAUGUUCCAGAAGAUGAGAUUUUAGCUAAUGUUAUAUGCCAGUUACCUUGUGUUUAUAAAUAUCACGAGCAUAAAGCCUUAUUAGCUGAUAGACCUGAAGAUAAAUUGAGCGAACAAGAGCUUGCAACUGCGUGGGAAGACUUUAAGAACAAUAAAAACGUUUUUGAACCUGCGAAUAUGGAAUUGCCAUUACAUACUCCGGGAGCGACUUUCGGCUGGUCUUAUAACUUAGAUACUGGCCCUGCCAAUCCAUAUCAAUCAGACGCACAGCCUUCUACGUCAAGUGCAAUGCAUGUUCCGUCUGUUAAUAAUAAUCAAAUGUCUGCCACACACACACUUUCACCUGGGAUUUAUCCCAAUUCGAGAAGUAAUCAAAUUCCGGCUGGUGGUAUGUUAAAUAGGAUACUAAACAAUGCAAGAGGCGAUGAAAUGGUGAAUUCGGUUCAACCGAGACCAGGUAUUGCCGUCGAGAAUUUUGUGAAUGGGGCCAAAAGGACAUUGUUUGGCAAACAUAAAAAUGAUGAAUCGAAAAGGAUGAGAUUAGUUGACGGCAAUGCGAAACAGCGCUUGCGGUACGAUGAAAAUCAAAUCGAGAAAAUAGAUUUAGUUGAAGAUGAUCCCGUAACGGAUAAUGAAGAUGUUAUUAUGCUAAAUUAA